CGAUCCGAACUCCGGGUUAUCCAGUUCAGUUGGCUCCGGGAGACCGUCGAUACCGGAACGAGUUUUGCCGCGAAAUUCGGUUAAAUAUCGGUCACCCGACUAAGCACCAUCAGUAAGUUGGCGCAGACAUUGACAGCUGCUGAUCUGUCAGCUAACUGCGGGGCUGUAACAGCUUUUCUACCGGCCGUCUCAUUGUCCAGAUUUAUGGCUGGUAUAGCGCUGCGCUGAUUGGCCCCUUUUCCAGCUGCAAGUUGAAGUGUGAUGAUUUCGAACACGAGCCAGGUCCUGACCAAUGAGGAGGUGUCGCCGGUAACGCUGAACGAUCAUUGGUCGCGGCUGGCGCGGUUGAUCCUGCUGGCGUCCAUGUCGGCCGUCGGCAGCGUCGGCAAUGUCUUCAUGAUGAGCGCCGUCAUGAUCGAGGAUUAUCUCAGAAAAAGAGGUAACACGUUCUUAGUAAAUGUGGGGUUGGCCGAUCUGCUGAUCACCGGGCUGGUAAUCCCCGCCUCCGCCAUUGUGAUCCUGGCCGGACUGAAAGACAGUCUGGGCGUUUGCAAAUUCCAGUGGUUUGUGGCCGCUUGGUGUUUCCUGGUCACGGUCCUGUCGAUGGCGGCGGUCGCCUGCGAGAAUUAUUCCCGACUCUGCUACUCCAUCGAUGUCUACCAUAAGCUGACCAAAAGGAAAAUCACAGUGAUUCUUCUGAUGAUUUGGACCGGAUGCGGGAUCAUCUCAGCUAUCCAGUUCUACGCGGAUUUGUCCUUCGACUACUGCACCAGGAAGGAUUUGGGUCUGGAUCCCUACCAGCUGACCGUCUGUGUGAUUUUCGUGCUGUUUCCUCUGACGGUGACGCUGUUUUGCUACAUCCGAACCGGCUACCAAGUGCGAAAAUUGAAGUCCCGGCCCAACUACAAGGCGGCGAUAACCUUCAGUUGGGACUGCGCCCUCACGCAAACCAACAUCUACAGCUUCGUCCUCUUCUUGCUCUUCUGGGUGCCGUUCGGGGUGAUCCUGGCAGUGGACAACAUCAACAAGGUCUCCGACAAGGUUUUCUACAACCUGGCCUGGCUGGCCAUCAGCAAAUCCUGCAUCAACAGCAUCAUCUACGGCAUCCUCAACAGGCACUUCCGAUCCGCCUACGUCAAUCUAUUCCAGUACUGCUGUUGCAAAACCACCGUGUCGUUUUCGCGCAGACAACGCCCUGAAGGUGUUCGGCCUUCAGGGGAUGUUCGCGUCCACAUCAUUCCCGGCUACAACAUGUACUGUAGCCCUCAGCGGGCCAAUGAGGGCGGGCGCAGCAAAAGGUGCGCCUCAGCCCGAACCAACGGCAGGGAAGUGUACGAGUUAUGAUGAGGCGACAUGGAGCGCUCCAUUGCCGCCCAUGGCCGGGUGGUGUCCCAGCAUGGAGUCUGGAUUUAGUCAUUUCAUCCUGUAUGCACAAUGUGUUCAAUAUCAGAAGGGGCUGUCGGGGUGGAUCUUAUCUCCAUUCUGGUCCUUCUUAUUUUGCACAUCCUGUAUGAUCAGGGUGAACGUUUUCAACCGAUUUACUGAAUGUGAAGACUGAUUUCAGCCCGCUAGUCCAUUAGAUAAGCGGCGGUUACAGCUAUUGUAUGUAUAUUCUUUCGAGCAAUAAUCAGUUUUCUUCACAGCGUGUUCGCCAAUUAAGGCGCCCAAAUUUCAUCACCAAUGAGUGGUGAAAGUUGCGGCAGAUUAAUUUCGAGCCACUCUGUCAAUGUUUUUUAAUCUGAUUUGUGUCCGUCCUCGCCAAGCUGUUUCUGUCCCGGUUAUGAUAAGCAAAUGAAUAGUCCUUCAUAGUCCGAUAAUUUAUAUCUUACUAUGAAAGGGAUUUUUUUGGGUGUAGCAGCAUGCGUAGCGUUCAAAUAGGGCGCCAAAAGCAGUAAAUUUUUCUUAUUCCAAAACUUAUUUAUCCCCUACGCCAAGAAAAAUCCCUUUCAAAGUUAUGAUAAGCGUCCGCUUGUUUUGCCGAGCCGUUGAGGAGAUGCGCCCUGUGCCUAUAUGAAUCAUUGAUUUUCGGCCAAACGAAAUGUCUAGACAAUAUAUUGGAUAUCAAAAAGCGUAUAUUUUGGUACUUCAGUUUUCUUGCACUUUAUCUCAUUAGCGCGUUCGGCCAUGCCGCAGGACACAACUUCCGUGUGCAACAGUCGCUCUGUUUCAACUUUACCAGGUUUUGCCAGCAUCUUCAAACGCGAUUCUAUGAGAAACUUACCUAGUUUUCGAUUUGGUUUGCUACUUUAAAAGGAGUAAUUGUCAAUUUUUUGCGGAUCAAUCAAAUGGAAAGAUUCACUGUCUCUAUGAUAAGUGAGUUCUUACAGUUGGAGCGCCGCGUCUUUACUUGAAAACUCGAGCCAAUUUUAACGAGAAAGUGCUGUCGUUUUUAAAAAGGCUGUUGGCAGAUGCUGGCGAAGUCUGAUGAUAAUGAUCCUGUCCCAAACAUAAUGGAAAGUUCUAAUGUUUUUCGCAGAAGAAAAUCGGUUUUGAUGCUCAAUUUGACUCGGUUUCAGGCCAAAUCUGUUGUUUUUUACAAGUCUCUGGGACAUCACUUUUCCUAAUAAGCAGGCGGAAAACCGUGUAAUGGUGUGCAAAGCCCUAAAGUGAACGUCUUUAUUCGGAUGCGUUUUCAAUCAAACGUCCAUUUUAGGACAGAUCACCGGGUGAAUCUAUAUCCGAAACUUACCGAGCUUCUACAACAGAAGCAUAUAGAAGAAUAUCUAAAUAUGAAUUAUGUAUACCUACUCCCACUAAGAUAUGUAUUCCCAAAUUGAAAAUAUUUUUAUCAAGUGUACGGAUCUAAUAUAUAUGGAUAAUUUUUGUACUCAAAGUAUGUCUAUGUAUGUAUACCGCUAAUAUCUACUUAUCUGUAUCGAUGUUUAUACUCGCUUAUUGAGACGCGGUUGCUUUCAUGGCCUUUGGUUCUUAACAAAAGACUGAUUACUUAUGCCCCAAUUGGGCGCGGCAGCGCAAUUUCGCUUAAAAUCGGGCCAUGAACGCAAAAGUGAUCACUUGCACGGUAUCGGCGCUUAAUUGUUGUUCUUAUUCGAGGCAUAAUGUACCAUAUACUGAACUAAGCGAUGCCUUUUUCUCAACUGUGAUGCAACUAAUAACGAAAAAAUUAAUAAAUGUGAUAGGGACCACAUCCGAGUAGGGUUGGGGGAUGAGCGCACUCACAUUCCGUUGGCUGGCGAAUGUUUUCCAAAGAUUCUCAAUGUGAUUUGUCGCGGUUAUUAACAGUGAACCUUAACAAUAACACAAAUAACCGUUAAAUAGCUUAAUAAAUGUUGUGAUACACCAUAUUAUAUAUAAAUUAAUAUAUAUUAAUAUAUAGGAACAGUAGGUUUAAGAGUAUCCAGGAUUGCACAAGCUCUUCAAAGGGUAUAUUUGUUUCAGUAUUAUAUUCUAUCAUUGUUCUCCACAUGUUGCGUUGUCUUUAUCUGGUCUGGCAAACACCCUGAUCAUGACAUGUAGAUUUUUUAAGUUGUAAUAAAAUAUGAAUUCUGAAA